AUGUCGCGUUGGAAAGCCCCUAUCCAUCACUUCUCAUACCGCUCCCUCAUCAUCCCUCCCAUCCUCCUCGCUGCAGCCACCAUCGUCGCUCUAUUUAUUCACUCCGACGUCAAUGCCGCGCUUCUCUGGUCCCAAUGCCACUCUCACUCUCGUCUCCCUGGAAUAAGUCGCAUUCCAGGUCUCGGCACGCCUCUAUGCUACAUCAUCAGCUUCUUUCGCGCCGCGCUGCACUCCCUGCGCAGUAAGGCUGUGAUGGCUGUUGUUAUAGCCUUUCUCGGCGGCCUUUUGACUGUAAGCACGGUUGAAGCUGCGCGUAUCUGCAAUGCACCGAAUGUACUUAUUGCUUAUCCUACGGGUCCGUGGCUGGUGUUCGAUCUUGUGGGUGGUGCUGUUGUCUGGGAACUUGUGAUUAUUCCUGCGUUCCUGCACCGUACGAAGAGUAUCUUGAGUGCGCCGAGAAAUGACGGGAAUAGUGAUAAUCAGGUCUUCACGAGUCGUCAUCUUCCUGGCAGUGAGCUUGUGGCUAUACCUAUCAGUGUAGCCCUCGGCUUCUUUCUGCCAUCCAUCCUGAUGCUGUUUCAUACAACCCCAGCGACGAUCGGAGUUUGGCUUUUCUUCCCAGUUUAUGUGACAAUUAUCCGACAAAUCACUCGCAGGAUCGUCAUCGCUAUUAAAAGAGCCAACCCGACAAGCGUUCAUCUAGCAUCAAAUCGGCGAUCUCUACUAUUUGUUUAUUUGCUUCCCAUCGUCUGCUCAAUCCUGGCUCAUGUUUUCUUCAUCUGGAGCUUGACUCAACCUGAUGAUCGCAAAGAAAUGACGAGAUCAACCAUUGUCUUCAUCGAAGUUGACACACAGUUCAUCUUCUGGACCGUUCUGUAUUGGAUGCUGGUGGAAGUUGGAUGGCGGGUCCCUUUAACCACAGCCGUCACAUCUCUGAUCAUAGGACCUGGCGCGGGAACUUGUGUUGGUUGGAUGUAUCGAGAGAAACUCAUCCAUCACGACAGUGAAGAGCAAGGAAAUGAGAGUGCUGCGCUGCCAGCCGAUGAAGAGUCGCCUUUGUUACAAUGA